AUGAAUCAUUCUGGCCAAUUUGGGCAAGGUAUUCCCACUGCCCCUAUGCAUACAGGACACGAGGUUGGUGGGCAGAACCUGAAUGCGGCAAGUUAUGGAUAUGAUCAAUACCAGGCAGUGGCGUCAGCAGCGAACAAUCUGUCCGUCUCCACCACGCCUGCUUCAACUCCCCAUUCUCACAAUUACAACAGCGAAGGGGAUGUGCCCAUGGAGGAUGCAGACCCGUACAACCGAACCAAAUAUCCUUCACGGCCAGCACACCACCACCGACCAUCAUCGCAAUUUAUCGCUCAUGAAGGCUCAGCCGCUGCACAGAGAUAUUCCCCCAUGAACAUGCUCAAUGCUGCUGGACAAUAUACAUCGAGCCCAAAAUCUCAACCCCAAUCCCAGGCUGGCUACCCUUACCAAAGCCAGACACCUCGCUCCCGACAAUCCCCCACCCGCCAGAACCAUUUCGGGUCCCCUCAACAGUAUAACGACUCGCCGACCUCUGGCCGAUACAGCUCUCAGUUUAUGUCUCCAACCCAGAAUAACGAGUUGAGCCCAGAUCAAUACUAUGCACAUUCUCCUAUGGAGCAAGUCUCUGGGACAAGAAACGGCAAAUCACAGGUUCCUAUGAGGUCGCCAAACACGUCUGUGGCUCGGAUGCCUGGCGCCGGACCAGUUCCAAGAUUUCAGAAGAUCAAAUCUGUGCAAGAACUGCAACCUCGCAUCAAUUCCCAGCCACCCUUCCGGCGAGCCAAUCCAGAAGGUGGCUUUAUUAGCCCAUUGCAAGCGUUGACAACACACUUGCCAUCGACCUACAGAAUAUGUAAUCCCACAUUCAAAUACGAAUCGUCCAGAAAUCCUCGGAGAGUUCUCACGAAACCGAGCAAAGGCGUCAAGAACGACGGCUACGACAACGACGACAGUGACUACAUACUGAAUCGGUACUUGAUAUUGGACGUCCUUGGUCAAGGCACUUUCGGACAGGUUGUCAAAUGCCAGAACCUGAAGACACAGGAGGUUGUUGCCGUCAAGGUGGUCAAGAACCGGACCGCUUAUUUUAACCAAAGCAUGAUGGAGGUUUCAGUGCUGGAUCUACUCAACACCAAGCUCGACAAGAACGAUGAUCACCACAUCUUGCGUCUGAAGGAUACUUUCAUCCAUCGACAGCAUCUCUGUCUUGUUUUCGAACUUCUAAGCGUCAAUCUUUAUGAACUCAUCAAACAGAACCAGUUCCGCGGCCUCAGCACAACUCUCGUCCGUGUAUUUGCACAACAGCUACUGAACGGAUUGACCUUACUCAACAAAGCUAGGUUGAUACACUGUGACCUGAAACCUGAAAACAUUCUCCUGAAGAAUCUUGAGAGUCCCAUCAUCAAGAUCAUUGACUUCGGUUCGGCUUGUGAUGAAAGGCAAACCGUCUAUACAUACAUUCAAUCACGCUUCUAUCGAUCCCCCGAGGUCCUGCUUGGACUUCCUUAUUCUUCUGCUAUCGACAUGUGGUCCCUCGGUUGCAUCGUUGUCGAGCUGUUCUUAGGAUUGCCCCUUUUCCCCGGAUCGUCAGAGUACAACCAAGUCUCGCGCAUUACUGAAAUGCUUGGCCUUCCCCCAAUGUGGAUGCUCGAGAUGGGAAAGCAGUCUGGAGAGUUCUUCGAAAAGACCAGCGACGAGUUCGGACGGAGGUCGUACCGGCUCAAAAGCAUGGAGCAAUAUUCACGAGAACAUAACACCAAAGAACAACCGAGCAAGAAGUAUUUCCAAGCUACUACUUUACCAGACAUCGUUAGGAGUUACUCGAUGCCGCGGAAGAACAUGAAGCAAGCUGAAAUUGAUCGAGAAUUAAACAACCGAGUAGCCUUUAUCGAUUUCGUACGUGGACUGCUCAAUAUCAACCCACUUGAACGGUGGUCACCCCAACAAGCCAAAUUACAUCCAUUUAUCACCCAGCAGAAAUUUACACAGCCUUUUGUACCACCCAUGAACCUUAAGUCCCCGUCUUCGACCAAAUCUCCAGCGCCAGGUGUGCAACAGCAGCAGCAAGCAGAAGCAGUCAGCAAGCAAAGAGCUGCUCAAGCUGCUCAAGCCCAAUCUGCGGCGCAAUCUGCAUACGCUAUGCAGGUGAACCAAUAUCAACAACAACAGCAACAACAACAACCGCAACCACAACAACAACAGCAUACUCAAGCUCCCCCCGUAUACAGUAAUAUGUAUCCCGGACACCAGUCAGGCGCUCCUCCUCCAUACCCGACACAUAACACAAACUAUGGGCAACAGAUGGGGAUGAUGGGUCAGGGGCAGGCUCAGAUGCAGCCAGCGCAUUAUGCGGCGCAACAAAGUCUCUACGCCCAAGCAACAACAAGGGCAGGACGUCAACGCGCAUCCACCAUGGAUCAGCAGCAAGGUGGCAUUCCUGCUUCUAUCCAACGUGUUGCCAGUCAUUUAGACCCAAAUGCACCUAUCAGGUUGCAACCUAGCCCCGCCUACUACCCUCCUCCAGCUGAUGGUUACGUGGACACACCCGGAAGUUCUCGGCGGCGUCCUGGAGGAGGGCAGCGAAAUCGCGAUUUCAUUCGAACGCUCGAGGACGGUGCUAUGGGCGAUGGCUUCAUGAAUAAAACGCAAUGGCACUGA